AUGAUUAAGUACUUAAUUACUAAUAUCACUACACAACAAAUAUCAAAUCUUAUAAAUCAAUUACACAUUGAAGAUGAGAUAAUAACAGUAAUAAGCAACAAUAGACCAGAUCAAUUAUUAUUACACCUACAAAAUGCAGAUUUAUCUAAAAUAAAUUAUGAAUAUAUGAUAAACGUAAAUGAAAUACUAAAUUAUAAAAUUACAUCACGUAUACUAAUAAUUGAGAAUUUAAAUAAAUUUUUUAAUAUUAGCUCAAAUAUUUUAAUUGGUGACAAUAAAUUGAAUCAAGCAAUUGUUGAAAUAUUUAAAAAAUUUAGAGAUUUAUCUAUUGAUGGCACUGAAAGUUCUACAAAUGUGGUGAGUCAAGAUAAUGAUAAUGAUGAUGAAAAUACCACAAAUGACAAUCAUACUACCAAUAUUAAUGAUAAUGAUGAUAACGAAAGACUCAAUAAUCAAUCCACUGGCUCAAUUGAUAAAGAACUUGAAGUUUAUAUUGUCGAUAAUAAGAAGCUUAAAUUUAUAGAAAUAAUGAGUGAUGAGGUAUUGACGAAUUGA